UCGGAAUUUGUUUUCGUCCAAAAUAACAAUAAUUCGAAUUUGGCAAUGCAACAACAGAUUCCAGAACAUAUACGACAAUCGAUUCCUCGAGUUAACCAAAACAUGGUUCAACGUCCUCAUCAAAUAAACUCACAAUCUCAGCAGACUUCUCUAAUGCCAAAUUCACUUCUGUCUCAUAGCAUGUCGCAAAAUGUGAUGACACAAGAAAUGUCUCAAAAUAUCAAUCGUCAGCGACAACCACAACAUGUAAUGCCUAAUUUUUCUCAAAUAUGGCAAGAGCAAGAAACGAUUGCACAAAACAUGCCACAGCAACAAGAAUUAUUACAACCACAAAAUGCAUCAAGCCAACUAACUUCGCAACAGAUUCAAAUACCUCAACAAAUGCGAUAUUCUCAACAAAUAUCGAACGUACCGCCACCACAAACUCCGAAUAUAUUGCAUGCUCAAAUUCCACGACAAAUAAACAAUGGUUUAGCGAUGCAAUCCUUGAAUCAACAGCAACAAAUGGAAAAGCAGUUGCGUCCUGCACAACAACAAAUGCCAUAUCAAACAUGGCAGCCUGUAUUGAUGUAUUCGCAAGAUGUGAAUAGAAAAGCGAGUCAACAAAUGUUGAUGUCUUGUAACAUGCCUAGACAAUUUAUACCACAGCCAAUGCCUCAACAGAACCCUCAAAGGAUGAUGCAACGACCUUGGCAAACAAUUCCUAGUCAAACGAAUAAUCAAUUUUUAUCAUAUGAACCAACCCAGCAAUUUGCCUGGCAACAACAACCGAAUGUUGCAAUGUACAAUCCAUGGAAUAAUCAACAACAGAUGUCAGGUCAAAUUGAUAAUCAAAUGGGAUCACAAAUACAAAUAAAUUCACAGAUAGGAUGGUAUUGA